UUUAAUACUAAAGUGAUUUACUCUUCCGCUCGCACGUGCAGCUCUAUAUAUAAACGGCAGCGGAAUUUAUAUUUUUAUUCUUAUUUUUUACCGUAAAUAAUGGCUGACGAUGUUGGUCAAGAUAAGCGCAAGCAGCACCGUGCUCGCCAGUCCGGCGUCAAAGCGGACAAAAAGAAGGUAAAGGCCAAAAAGGAUGCCAAUCAAAAGGAACCCGAGUUGACUGCGCGCCAACGAAAUCCAAAAGCGUUUGCCAUUAACUCGGCACAACGUGCUGAACGGAAUUUUCGACGCAAGGAGGAUCUGACGGCGAAAAAGCAACAUAUCCCCUUAGUCGAUCAGACACCAGAUGAACCGCCACCGGUGCUGAUUGCCAUUGUGGGUCCACCCAAAGUUGGCAAAACGACGCUGAUCAAGGAUCUGAUCAAGAGCUUCACACGCACCAAUGUUACGGACAUACGUGGUCCCAUUACCAUAGUCACUUCAAAGAAACGACGCAUUACCUUGUUGGAGUGCAACAACGACAUUAACUCGAUGAUCGAUGUAGCUAAGUGCGCGGAUCUGGUGCUUCUACUCUGUGAUGCCAGCUAUGGCUUUGAAAUGGAGAUCUUCGAGUUUCUGAAUAUUUGCCAAGUGCAUGGCAUGCCCAAGAUAAUGGGUGUGUUGACCCACUUAGACAUGAUUAAAAAUCCUAAGCAGCUGCGGAAACGCAAGAAGGAGCUAAAGCAUCGCUUCUGGACAGAGGUAUACGACGGAGCUAAACUUUUCUAUUUGUCUGGUCUGCUUCAUGGCGAAUAUUUGCGUAAUGAGAUCAAGAACCUUGGUCGCUUCAUAUCUGUCAUGAAGUUCCGCCCGCUGCAGUGGAGAGGUGCCCACAGCUACCUGCUAGUGGAUCGCAUGGAGGACAUUACUAACACAGAUGCAGUGCGUCGUGAUCCCAAAUGUGAUCGAGAGGUGGUUCUGUAUGGCUAUGUGCGUGGUGUGCCGCUCAAGCAGGAGCACAUGGUGCACAUUGCCGGUUUGGGGGACGCGCGCAUUGACGAGCUAAGCCUUAUACCAGAUCCGUGUCCUCUCCCUGGCACAGAGAAGAAGCGCAGCCUGUUAGAAAAAGAGCGUCUGCUCUAUGCGCCCAUGUCUGGUGUUGGUGGCAUCGUUUAUGACAAAGACGCUGUCUAUAUUGAGCUCCAGGGCUCACAUUCUCACAAGGAAAAGACAGCAGAGGCCAGCGAGCAGGAGGCGCUGGUCAGCAAGCUGAUAGACAAGAAAACCACUAUGGACGAGCAAAUUGAACAGCAGGAAUUCCGACUCUUCUCCGAUGGUGCUCCCAUCAUGUCCAAGGAUUUUAAAAGCGAAGAUCAGGCAGAAUCUGAUGAGGAUGAAGAUGAAGACAGCGACGCCGAUGAUUCUGGCCUGGAUGCAGCGUCCGAUGAUGAAGAGCAGCCGGAUGAAUUUGCUGCUGAUGAUUGGCGUGGCGAGAAUAGCGAUAAGGAGGAGGAAGAAGACGAGGAUGAGGAUGGCUCCUCCGGUGAUGAGGAGUAUCAAAGUUUGGCGGAUGUGAAAGAAAGUGCCCCAAACAGCGAUGCUUCCGACGAAGAGGAUGAUGAGGCACGCAUCCUAGCCAACAACAUGAGCUGGAAAACCAAUUUGGCUCAAAAAGCACGUGAUGCGUUCCUGCAGCGCCACUCGGAGUCACGAAAUCUUAUGCGUAUUGUCUACGGGGUUUACAACCAAGGUGAACUAAGCAAGCAGCAGCAGGCAGGUGAUGCCGAGGAUUCAGAAGAGGAAUUAGGCGGUUUGUUUCGCGUGGCGGCCAAAAAGCAAACUGAUAUUCAAAAGGACAAGGACAUUCGCGACAAAGACGAGCGCUGCUUCUUCGAGUAUCAAAGCGAUGCUACUCGAGACUGGUUAUCCGACUCGAACAAGGAGCUGAUCAAGAACUGCUUCGUGACGGGCAAAUGGAAAGCCUCGGAGGAUGCUGAAAACUUGCUCAAAUUGGACGACAUGAGCGAUGCGGAUAGCGAAGUUUAUGGCGACUUUGAGGAUUUGGAAACAGGCGAACAGCACAGCGGUAAGCCGCAAGCAGCCGCUGAAGAAGACGAGGCAAGCGCUGCUGAUGAGGCUGCCGCAGGUCCACCCGCCAAACGUAGAAUGACACGCGUGGAGGAGGAGAAUCUGACAAAGGCUGAGCUUAUGGCAAAAAAGCUGAAACUGAAGGCAAAAUUCGAUGCAGAAUAUGAUAAUAAUGGGGAGAAGGGUGAAAAUGAUGGUGGACGAAUCACUGGAGACCACUCAUUCUACGAGGACCUCAAGGCGGAAGCCCAAAAGCAAAGUGAGCUGAACAAAAGUGAAUUUGCUCAGCUGGACAAUGAGCUGCGCAUCCAGAUCGAAGGCUAUCGCGCUGGCUUGUAUGUACGCCUGGGCUUCAAAUCCAUAGCAGCUGAGUUUGUGGAGAACUUCGAUGCGAGCUACCCGGUGCUAGUGGGUGCACUCAACAUGACUGAGGAGAACGUGGGCUAUGUUAAUUGCAAGGUAAAGAAGCAUCGCUGGUACAAGAAGAUUCUUAAGACUGGCGAUCCAUUGAUUGUUUCUAUGGGCUGGCGUCGCUUCCAAACGGUGGCAAUUUUUGCGAAGGUUGAGGACAAUUUGAGGCAUCGUUAUCUCAAGUAUACGCCCAAUCAUGUGACCUGCAGCAUGACCUUCUGGGGUCCCAUAACACCGCAGAAUACGGGCUUUCUGGCAUUGCAAACGGUGCGUCAGGAUCAGGAGGAAAUGAAGCGUUUGGGCUUCCGGAUCGCUGCUACAGGCUGCGUUACCGAACUGGACAAAUCUUCGCAGAUCAUGAAGAAACUAAAGCUAGUGGGACAUCCGUUUAAGAUCUACAAAAACACUGCGUUCAUUAAGGACAUGUUCAACUCGUCGCUCGAGGUGGCCAAAUUUGAGGGCGCAAAGAUUAAAACCGUCUCGGGCAUUCGUGGCCAAAUCAAAAAGGCACAUCACACGCCGGAAGGUUCAUAUCGUGCUACAUUUGAGGACAAGAUACUUCUGAGCGACAUUGUGUUCUGUCGCACCUGGUUCCGUGUGGAGGUGCCACGUUUCUAUGCACCGAUUACUUCGCUUCUGCUGCCCCCAGAGCAAAAGAGCCAGUGGCAAGGCAUGAAAACACUUGGCCAACUGAAGCGGGAAAGGGCUCUGCAAAACGAGUCACAGCCGGAUAGCAUGUACACAGAAAUAGUUCGCAAGCCGAAGAUCUUCCGACCGCUGGUCAUACCGAAGGCACUGCAGCGUGCCCUGCCCUACAAGGAUAAACCGAAGAUGGGCCCAGAGAAUCCUAGGGAAGCACUCGAACGUGUUGCCGUGAUCAACUCUCCGUACGAACAGAAAGUGGCCAAAAUGAUGAAAAUGAUCGAGACGAACUACAAGGAUAAACGCCAUCGCGAACGCAGGGAAACGAAACAACGUAUGAAAAAUUUCCGUGCCCAAAAGCGAGCUGACGAAGCAUCCAAACUGAAGCGACAAAAGGAGCUACGCAAAAAGGUUUCCCGGGCCAUAAGCAAGAUGCGGGGCAAGAACAGUAAAUAAUAAUGAAAUAAUGUACA